UUGACCUAUGAUGAUGUGCAUGUGCACUUCACUCGGGAGGAGUGGUCCUUGCUGGAUCCAUCUCAGAAGAGACUUUACAAAGAUGUGAUGCUGGAGACCUACAGGAACCUCAUUGCUAUAGGCUACAAUUGGGAAGACCAUAAUAUUGAAGAACAUUGUCAAAGUGAUAGAAGAUAUGGAAGGCAUGACAGAAGUCCUGCUGGAGAGAAAUCCUAUGAAUAUACACAAUGGGAGAAAGCCUUCACAUAUCACAGUCAUCGUCAAAAGCAUGAAAGAAUUAAAACUCGAGAGAAACCCUCUGAAGGCUUUCAACAGAGUGAAGCCCUUGCAUGUCAUAGUAGUCUCCAAAUACAUGAAAGAACAGAUACUGGAAAGAAACCCUACAAAUGUAAUCAAUGUGAUAAAGCCUUUUUACAACACAAGUAUCUUCGGAUACAUGAAAGAACACAUACUGGAGAGAAACCCUACAAAUGUAAUCAGUGUGAUAAAACCUAUACACGAAAGAGUCAUCUCCAAAUACAUAAAGUAAUACAUACUGGAGAGAAACCCUACAAAUGUAAUCAAUGUGAUAAAGCCUAUUCACGACAACGGACUCUUCGAACACAUGAAAGCACACAUACUGGAGAAAAACCCUAUGAAUGUAAUCAAUGUGGUAAAGCCUUUGCACUUCAGUCUACUUUGACCAUGCACAAAAGAACACAUACACAAGAGAAACCCUAUGAAUGUAAUCAAUGUGGUAAAGCCUUUGCACAUCAGUCUACUUUGACCAUGCAUAAAAGAACACAUACACAAGAGAAACCCUAUGAAUGUAAUCAAUGUGGAAAAGCCUUUGCAUAUCAUUCUGCUUUGGCCAUACAUAAAAGAACACAUACACAAGAGAAACCCUAUGAAUGUAAUCAGUGUGGAAAAGCCUUUGCACAAAGCAGUCAUCUCCGAACACAUAAAGUAAUACAUACUGGAGAAAAACCCUACAAAUGUGAUCAAUGUGGAAAAGCCUUUUCACAACAGAGUCAUCUCCGAAUACAUAAAAGAACACAUUUUGGAGAGAAGCCCUACAAAUGUAAUCAGUGUGAUAAAUCCUUUGUAUCUCACACUUCCCUUCUAAGUCAUGAAAGAAUUCAUACUGGAGAGAAACCUUACAAAUGUAAUCAAUGUGAUAAAACCUUUUCUCAACCCCAAAGUCUCAAACAACAUAAAAGAACACAUACUGGAGAGAAACCCUACAAAUGCAAUCACUGUGAUAAAGCCUUUGCACAAAGCAGUAGUCUCCAACUGCAUACAAGAACACAUACUGGAGAGAAACCCUAUGAAUGUAAUCAGUGUGGUAAAGCCUUUGCAUAUCACUGUGGUUUGUCCUCACAUAAAAGAAUGCAUACUGGAGAGAAACCUUAUAAAUGUAAUCAAUGUGGUAAAGCUUUUGCACAUUCCAGUACUCUCCAAUACCAUAAAAGGAAUCAUACUGAAGAAAUCCCAUGAAUGCAAUCAUUGUUGUGAAACCUAUGAAAAUCAUAAUAGUCUCUUAAAACAAAAGGAAUUGUCUGGGAGAGGAACCCUAUGAAGCUAUUUAACAUGGUAAGGUCUUUUCACAUUGCUGUAGUCUUCAUUAUCAUGGAAGUAUGCAUACUGUAGAGAGAUCAUAUGAACAGAAGAAAUGUGGUAAAGCUUUUGCACAUCACAGUUAUCUUUUAAUGUAGAAAAGAAUAGGUAUCAGAGAGAAAUCCUGAAAGUAUGAUAGAAGUCAUACUUUUACAACAUAAUAUUUUUUUAUUUUUACAACAUAGUAUCUCUGAAUACAUUAAAGAAAAACUUAGUGGUGAGAAACACUAUGAAUGAAUCAGUGUGGAAAACACAUUGUAUAACAUGGUCAUCUUUUAAUAAAAGAACACAUACUAGAAAGAAACACUUUGCAUAUAAGCAAUGUGGUAAAGACAUGAAACCAUACUGAACACUAUGAAGGUAUUCAGUAUGGUGAAGUCUUUGCAUGUCACAGUUCUCUCCAGAUACACAAAAAAAUAAUGCUGGAGAGAAACCCUACGAAUAUAAUUGAUGUGAUAAACCAUUUUUACAACACAGUUAUCUUUGAAUACAUCAAAAAACACAUAUUGAAGAGAAAACCUGUGAAUGUCAGCAGUGUGGUAAAGCUUUCAUAUUAAGAUGAACUUCACCUAUAUAAAAAUAUAUAUAAUGGAGUAAAACUCUCCAAAUGCAAUCAGUGUGAUAAAGCCUUUUUACAUAACAGUUAUUUUCAAAGGCAUGCAAAGAACCAUCCUGAAGAGAAACCUUAUAAAUGUAUUUAAUAUUGCAAAGCCCUUGGACAUUUCUGUAACCAUCAUCAUCAUGAAACUAUUCAUACUGGAGUGAAAACCUGUGAGUGCAAGCAACGUGGUAAACCCUUUGCACACCACAGUUAUCACUAAAUGCAGAGAAAACCACAUACUGUAGAGAAACCCUAUGAAUGGACUCACUGUGGUAAAGCCUUUGCAUAUCACAGUAGUCUCUGAAUACACAAAAGAACACAUUCUGGAGAGAAACUAUGAAUGUAAUCAAUGUAAUAAAACAUUUGUGUGUGACAGUCAUCUUUGAAUAUAUAAAAGAGCAUAUACUGGAGAGAAACACUAUGAAUAUAAACAACGUGGUGAAGCCUUUGAAUGUAGCCAUAGUUUUUCAUGAUAAAAGGAAAUCAUAAAGCAGAGAAACCCUAUAAAUGUAGUUAAAUGUGUUAAACUUUUACACAUUUUACAUUUUAGUUUAGUCUUUACAAAAGAGUAAAACCUUUAGUGUGUAACCAAUCUGUUAAAGCCUUUGCGUAUCACAGUAGUGUUUGAGGAUGUGAAAGAACUCAUAAUGAAGGGAAUCUGACUAUGAAGGAUUUAGUAAGAUUCAGCUACACAAGAUUCUUCUGGAGCAAAAUAAUUUGAUGAGUGUCAACCAUCUAUUCAAGUACAGUGUUCCCUUUUAUUUCAAUUGCACCUGCAAACUCAUCUGCAUAAAACCACUAUGGAUUUAAGUGAUAAGCUAAUAACUCUUAGAUUUCACAUGUCUCUUUAAUUACACAAAAACUCAUCCAGGUAUAAAACUUUAUGGGUGUGUAUUUAAUGUCUUUUCUGUUGCUUUGAUAAAACAUAAUGUCUAGGGCAACCUAUAAGCCAGUUUAAUUUGACUUAUGGUUCCACACCAACAAAGUAUCAUUAAAUCAGUUGUGAAGCAUGGUAGCUAAAGGAGGAAGCUCAGAGCUCACAUCUUCAACCUGAAGCAUGUAGCAAGGAUGUGGGAACUAGAACUGGCAUGCAGAUAUAAACUCUCAAGCUCACCUUCAAUGACAUAUUUCCUCCACCAGGGCAGCAUUUGUUAAAUCUUUCCAAAUGAUCCCAUCAACUGAGAAGGAUUAAUUUCUCUGACUCCAAACAUACAUACUUGUUUGCUCUUAUAUGAAUCAAACCACAAUAAGGAAAAACUGUAGGUAAGCCUUUAGGUAUCUUAACAUUGUUGUUACAGGAAUGAAUGCUUACACAAGGAAAACAUUCUUGAGUAAAUUGCAUUUGUUUAAUAAUUUGUUUAAUUUUAAUUAUGUUCUAUCAGUGUAUUUUUAUAUGGCUUUAUGCACGUACAUGUUGGUUCUGAAGAACCCCUGGGGUAGUCCUGGAGCAGGAAUCACAGAAUGUCAUAAAAACCCUGAUCCUUGGUUGUAGAAAUAAACUUGUCUUAAAUGUUUGGCCAUGCCUCUAGCCCUGUAAAUAUUUGAAAGCAUUCAUUAUGUUGACAUCAGGUAAUAAGAAAAACCUUCACACACGAGAAAAAUCCUAUUCCUACAAAGGUAAAGAUUUUGACAUCACAUUCAAUCACCAGAAAAAUUAUUGCUGUACCUCUUUUUCUUAAUGGCCUUGAAGAAAGUAAAUAAUUCAUGUUUAUGCAAAUUUGAUGGUUCAUAUUUCCACAUGUGGUUUAUACUCUGAAAUUUUUGAAGUUGUUUUUGUAGUGUGCUGCUGUAUGUGUGACAAAUCUCUUUAUUAAAGCUUAUUUGAUGACCUUU